UCUACAUGCGAAUUUGUGCCUAUUUACAUGAAAGUCUGUCGCCAACUAGAAACCCAGCUAGUGAUUAAACUGUGUAAUUGCUCUGACUUUUUCCACCACGUUUAGAGCAGGUGUGGGAGUUUCCCAUGUCGCAGAGACAAGUAGAAUAUAGAGUUUACUAAAGCACAGUUGGCAUCAUUUUCACGCUUCAACCACUAAGAGUUAAAAGAUCACUCUAAAGAAUCAUGGAGUUGAAAUUGGCCGAUGCUCUGCCGAGUGUUUUUUUCUCUGCCGCUCUUAUUCGGGGAGUAUGGAGUUUGAUGCGGAAUGCUGCCUGCCUGGUGCGAAGGGUGGAUUAGAGAUGGAGCUGCACAAGUGCCUGACCUUUGACCUGGAGGUUCUCCAGCAGCAUCAGGUAGGCAUGAGACAGGUGGCUCACCUGGUGAUGGUGCUGCACAGGAUGAAACACACCUUUCAGAAGUCCGACCCCACACACACUCCGCUGGGCAUGGAGUGCACCGACGACCAGCUUUCCAGCAUAAUCAUGGACAACCUGUUGGAAGAGUGUGUGAUGGAGCGGGUCCAGGAGCCAGAGGGAGCGGUGGAUAAACAGGCUGAGGGGACCUUCAAGCGACUGGACAGCCCCCAGCAGUGCACCCUGUGUGACAGUUACCAGAAGAGCCUGGUGCACAACCCUGAAACCAUGGUGCUGCGUGCCGUUACACUGCGGGGCGGCAUCGACCACCAGAGAGUAAGGUUCAACCUCUCCAUGUAUAAUAUUAAUAUGAAGAACUCCCACACUAUCCAGGCCCAGCCGGUUGCCUUGAGGAUUGCCAGUAGCGACUUCAACUUGUCCUGCUCCAAGCAGACAGACAGCACAGCUCCCAUCCUACAGUUGGAGCGGAGUUCUGACGACCAGUUGAGGACCAUCAGCGCUCAGGGAGACACAGCCCGCUUCCUCUUCUACAUGACAACCAAAGGCAUCUCCCUGACCACCUUCGAGUCGGCCAAGUACCCCGGCUGGUUCAUCAGCACCUCACUGGAGCAACGCCAGCCCGUAGCGAUGUGUCAGAAAGAGGACCUCAGAAAGCUCACCAACUUCUAUGUCAACAACUAAACACGCAACACACACCCAGUCCCAAGAGUGUAUAUACCAAGUACAGCCAGAGAGAGAGAUCAGACAGAUGGAUACUGUAGAGGUGUUGAAUUGAUAGACCCUUCUACCACCACACUCUUUGGCUGUCCCCAUAGGAGAACCCUUUUUUGGUUCCAGGUAGAACCCUCUGUGGAAAGGGUUCUACAUGGAACCCAAAGGUAUUCUACCAGGAACCACAAUUGUUCUACUUUGAACCAAAAGGGGUUAUUCAAAGGGUUCUCCUAUGGGGACAGUUGCAUAACCCUUUUAGGUUCUAGAUAGUGCCUUUUUUUCUGUGCACCAAUGUCUUUUGAAAGUGGUUUGGUUGUAGUGAGUGUGUGUGAUGUGACCAGCAGGUGAUGCUGUGUGUUCAUUCUCUCUGCAGUGUUGAGUUGUGGCUCAGUAGCCCCAGCUCUCUUUCAGGGACGGCCCAGUUACUACUGAUCACGCUGUUGGCUACAGACAGGAUCAAGAGCCCUUGCUCUAGCUUUGCAAAGUUUUCGUCACAGACCGUAAAUGCUCAGUAUAAAAAAAGUAACUUACUAUUGAAUUCUUUAUCUUAUGGUUUCAGUACCACCAGCUAAGUACAGUAGAGUAGAAUCAUUAAUUGUCCUCCAAGCAGGACAGUUCUCAUUUGUUUUUAUGUAGUCAACUUUCUGUACUAUUGGGUAAUAUCUAGUUAUGGGAAAAUGUUUUUUAAUGUGUCUGCUUGUGCUCUGACUGAAUGAUCUGCUUCGUAUCAGUGAAGAGGAGAAUUACAACCUAUUUUGUUUUAUUUCCUAUAAGAAAGUUCAUUAUUUUUCCUUGUCUAACAUUGCAAAUGUCAUUUUUAUUUGGAGUAUUAUCCACUGUGAAAUUGUGACAUCAAUGCUAUUUUGUUUAUUUUCUAUAAGAAAGUCAGUUAUCCCUUUUCUACUAUUAUUAUUUAUUUAAAAAGCUAAGCUAAUAUAUUACAUAACAGCUAGCGUCAACUAAUAUGUAAUACACAAUGUUAUUUGUCUUUUUAAAGCAAUACUAAUAAAAACAUUUUCAAUGAGUA